ACGCAUACAUUUUGUUCUAUCAUAUUAAACUACAAAAGCAUGUCUGUGAUACAGGUGAGGGUCCCAAACCUCGACUGUGAGGGAUGCGCCACAAAGAUUCGGAAAGCUCUCUUCAAGCUCGAAGGAGUAGAUGAAAUAGACAUAGAAAUGGAUUCACAGAAGGUUACCGUAAGAGGUCAUGCAGUGGAGGAGAAGAAGGUAAUCAAGACCGUCCGUCGGACUGGGAAGGCUGCCGAGCCAUGGCCAUUCCCAGCUUACUCCCAUUAUUCGUCAUUUUAUAAAUACCCAGCCCACAUAGCGAACCACUACUACGAACGGUCCAGCCACGAUGUGGCGAGUGUACACACUUUCUUCCAUACUCCCGCAACCUACUCAAUGGCUGUGUCAUCUGAUGAAGCUGUGGCAUCCCUUUUCAGCGAUGAAAAUCCACAUGCAUGCACCAUCAUGUGAUCACGUGGUUUUUUAUUUUUUAAUUAAAUAUUCAAUGGAUAAGGUUGUAUUGUUUUGUUAUUGAGAAAUGAUCCAGUGGUUCAUAUCAUUAUAAGUUACGGUGCUGCUUCUUGUUUUGGAAGAUGUUGAUAGUCUGACUGAUCGAUCAAUCUAUGCUGUCCGUUAGUCCAGUAUUCAUUUCAGGGUCCACAGUGCAAAAAAUCACAUUAGCUAGUUGGAUGAUUCAAUCCAUAGUUGCCCUUUUUUCAAUUUAUAUCCAUCUGUUUGCAGGCCAUUGGUGCAAUGGUUAGGAUUGACCGAUAAUAGUGGUUGUUUAGAAACAUAAGCAAUCCACCGAUUCUUAUGUAAACAAUCACAGCUGUUCAUAGUGUAAGCUGUUGAUGGAUGCUUAGAAUUGUCUGAACAGUGUGAAUUUUCUAUGGUAGCCUGCAAAUUUUGUGAUGGGCCUGAUGGAUGGUACAGAUCGAGAAAUCAAAUUAUUCAAGGGUCCGAACACAACUAGGAGCACUAUAAUUUAUAGCGCUCGG